GGAAAUGUGUCAAUCAGGAGAGAACGAACGUUAGGACAUUUUUUUAAAAACAAAAUUUCAAAAUUUAGCGAGUGGUGUGGUGUGGUGCGAGGUAUGAGGGAGAUCGUUACCUUGCAGAUUGGCGGCGCCGGCAAUGCCAUUGGCGAUGCGUUCUGGCACGUUAUAUCGCAUGAGCAUGGCGUCGACUAUAAUUCGGGUCGUUUCGGUGGCACCAGUCCGCUGCAGCUGGAGCGGAUGAAUGUCUUCUUCAAUGCGACGGUGAGCAGGCGUUUCUAUGUGCGCAGCAUCGUCAUCGACACAGAGGCCAGCACCAUCCAGCGGCUUCAUACCAGCAGUCAGCUGUACAGGCCCGAGAACUUUGUGGCCGGUUCGGAGAGUGCGGGCAAUAAUUUUGCCCGUGGCUAUCAUACGGAUGGUGCGGAAAUACUGCAGCAGGUGCUCGACAACACCCGGCGAGAGGUGGAGUCUGUGGACUCACUGCAGGGAUUCCAGCUGCUACACUCGAUUGGCGGCGGCACCGGCUCCGGUCUCACCUCGCUGAUCAUGGAGGCGCUGGUGGAGCAGUAUCCGGACAAUCUGCUGUGCAACUACGUGACCAUUCCCUCACCGAACAUGUCCCAGGUGGUGGUGGAGCCCUACAAUGCGCUGCUCAGCACACCGGCCCUGGUGAACAACUCACAUUUGACGUUCUGUCUGGACAACGAGGCUCUAUUCCAGAUCUGCAAUCGGAAUCUGAAAAUCAAAAUGUCUGGCUACGAGCACAUCAAUCACAUCGUGGCGCUGACCAUGUCCGGCAUUACCACAUGCCUCCGGUUCCCCGGACAGCUGAAUGCCGGCCUCAGGAAGAUAUACGUGAACAUGGUGCCAUUUCCGCGUCUGCAUUUCCUUAUACCCGGCUUCGCGCCGCUGGUCACCUGCACGCAGCAACAGUUCAGCAAGGGCACCGUCUCGGAGCUGGUGCAGCAGAUCUUCUCCAGCAACAAUCUGCUGUGCGCUAUCGAUCUGCGACAGGGCAAACUGUUGACUGCCGCAGGCAUAUUCCGGGGCAGAAUGUCGCCACGCGAGGUCGACCAAAUGAUGACGGGGGUGCGCAACAAGAAUCUGAAUAACUUUGUCGACUGGAUACCCAACAACAUCAAGACGGCGAUCUGUGACAUACCGCCGCGUGGCCUCAAGAUGUCUGCCACAUUUAUUGGCAACACGACGGCCAUUCAGACGCUCUUCCAGCGCUUGCUCGACGGCUCCUCGGUGAUGCUGCGCCGCAAGGCCCAUCUCCACUGGUACACUGGUGAGGGCAUGGAGGAGCAGGAGUUCACCGAUGCCCAGCAGGAGCUGCAGGCCAUCAUCGAUGACUAUCGCAGCAGUGCGGAAAUGGAUGGAGAUGGAGGCGGCGCUGGCGCUGGCAGCGAAGAUGGUAGUGUUGGCAGUACCCGAGCCUCUAGUGCUGCUGCCGGACCCCAGUGUCCCUACUGUGGCGAUUAAUGCUACACCUCCCCUACCCUUUCAAAAAACAUAAAUUUCAAAUGCAAUAUUCAUGUCGUUUCCUCUUUGUAAUCGGAAUACAAAUUGAAUAGAUAUUGUCCUAGACUUUCAGUAAUUUU